UCAUUGGUGAUUGCUUGCACAGAAUUCCCAUAUGACCUUCUGUCGUAUUGCUCAUGAGAAACUUGUGGAACUCGCGUGGAUGAGUCUCAAUGCGCCGCCUAGCAAGUGUAUUUGUGGCCAAGCGCUGCCAAAAGAUUCGACAGUUUAUUACAUCGAAUGCAUCUCUCUGAUAUCAUAUGGCCUUUUUAUAAUUGUCCCGUAUUUGCGCUUUCUGGUCUGCUGAAAUGGUCCCCACGGUUAUAUGGACGUAUAACUCGAGAAUACUGGAGCACAGAGGAUAUACCUGUCGUCUUCGUCGGUUGAAACAGCCUUGUAUACGGCAAGCCCACUGAUUAUAGAACGAUCUUGGGUGAUUAUAUGUUGUGUGGUUGAACGAGAGUCGAAUAUGUCUUUAUCGUGACUUGUAUAUAAAACAGUUGUGGCAGUGCUGUUGACUACAUGAGCGAGUUCGAUACGUCAUGACUGUCGGG